AUGACUUUGGCAAAGGCUGUAGCCACUCCUUUGGCUCAAAAGCAUGGUUUACAUGAAGCUGUGGGAAGCCUGGUCGAUGCAUCCUUUUACAGAAUGAUAGUAGGGAGUCUUCAAUACUUGAUACUCACAAAACCGUAUAUCACUCAUGAUGUGAAUUUAGCAAGCCAAUUUAUGCAAAAUCCAAAAAUUGAACAUUUUCAAGGGGUGAAAAGGAUUCUCAGAUACAUCAAAGUUAAUCCAGUUAUGCAUGCUAGAGCCAAACAUGUUGAAAUGGACUGCCAUUUUGUUCAUAAGAAGGUGGCCAGAGGACAACUCCUUACUCAGUUUGUAAGGUCUAAGGAACAGCUAUCUGAUAUUCAUACAAAAGCAUUAACCAAGCAGGUUUUUGCUGAGUUUCAUAGCAAGCUAGGAGUUACAGUCCCUCCACUCACUAGCUUGAGGGGAAGUGUUGAAGGAAGCUGA